AAUGAUCACUAAACUGUUGGCUAGACGAUUUGCUACUGCAGUUGGUAUAAAUCGCGAAGCAAAAAUACUUAGAUUAGCUGAUAAAUUCGUAAAUGAACGUACAAGUUUAAUUGAGAAUUCUGUAGGUCUUCUAUUAAAUCUGAAGAGAGAAGACGUUGAUUUAUACGACGUAUAGGCGGAAUUAGACAGUAAAACACUAGCAAUACGAUCAAGGAGGUUGAAAGAGUUAGAUACCCUUCCAGAUUUGUACAAUGCCUAUAAGAACUCAGUUGAAACGUUAGACAGCACAAAAACAAUGGCAACAACCGAACAGGAUCCGACUUUAAGGGAAAUGGCUGCAAUGGAGAUCGAAUCAUGUCAGAAAUCGCAAGAAGAUGCUCUCAACGAACUCGUUAAUGGUCUGUUAAGAUCUAAUACACCAGCUGAAAUAACACCGAAAGGUUUGAUCCUUGAACUAAAAGCUGGCGUUGGUGGUUCAGAAUCUGGUCUAUUUGUUCAGGAUAUGCUUAAAAUGUAUAAAGCAUACAGCGAGACUCGAGGAUGGAAGAGUGAAGUGAUAGCUACGAUAAUGGCCAACGAAUCAUCUGGUGGUGCAGGUGCCGUCAAGGAAGCUCUCGUAGAAAUUAAAGGUCCUAACGUGUGGUCAACACUCAAAUAUGAAAAGGGUGUUCACAGAGUGCAAAGAGUACCCCUCACUGAAACUCAAGGAAGGGUACAUACUUCUACGAUUGGUAUACUAGUUAUGCCUCUCGCUGAGAAUAAUCAGCGGAAAGUGUAUGAUGAGAAAGAUGUACGUGUGGAAGUUAUGCGCGCUCGUGGAGCUGGUGGUCAGCACGUCAACAAAACCGAAAGUGCAGUUCGCUUGACCCACAUACCAACCGGAAUACAAGUCUCGAUGCAGGAUACCCGCUCACAACAGCAAAAUCGUACAAAGGCCUACGAAGUUCUUGCUUCACGUCUACUUGAAAGACAGAUACGCGAGGAAGUUGAAGAGCGUAAAACUAGUCGUAAAUCUCAAAUAGGUAAUAUGGACAGGAGCGAUAAGAUUAGAACGUAUAAUUUCCCACAGGAUCGUAUAACGGACCAUAGAGUUGGCGUAGGUCUAAAUGAUAUACAGUCUUUCUUCGAGAAUGGUGAAGGACUCGAUUGGAUUAUUGAUUCACUAAAGGAACGCGAGAAGGAGCUCCUCCUUGAUGGUCUUUUACAAGAUGCAUGAUUGGAACUUUUUAAUUUGAUUUAUGUGUAAUUAUCGCUGUGAUUUUCUUCAGUGUU